AAAUAUUCAAAUUUUAUAUGCGAAUAAUGUAAAGUAGUAAUAAAUAUGAUGAUAAGGUAAAAUUUAAAGCUAAAAAGACAAAAUAAUUAAAAGAAAAUUAACAAAAUUCUAUAAAAAGAUCCUUUCGAAAUUGUUUUUAAAUAAGCACCUCAUAUUAUUGAUUUUGAAAAUAAAAAAAACUAUUUUAAAUUGGAAAUUAUUAAUCUUAGAAAUUAAAAUAAUGCACAUAUUAAAAGAAAGAAAAUUAAAGUUAAAAGGAGCCAAAUCUUCGAAGAUUCUUUUUAAUAGAUUCAUAAUCUCAAAUCUGAAGAACUUAAACAUAAAUUUGUAAUUGAAUUUGAAGGGGAAGAAGGAAUCGAUGCAGGAGGUUUACUUAGAGAAUGGUUUACUUUACUUUCUAAAGCUAUUUUUAAUCCUGAUUAUUUACUUUUUAAACUAUCUUCAAAUGGAAAUACAUAUUAGCCUAAUUAGAAUUCUUAUAUUAAUGAUAAUCAUUUAGAAUAUUUUAAAUUUGUAGGAAGAAUUGUAGGAAAAGCUUUGUUUGAAGGGUAAAUGUUAGAUGCAUAUUUCACAAGAUCUUUCUAUAAACAUAUUUUAGGAUAACCUUUAACUUAUCAUGAUAUAGAAGAUUAAGAUUAAGAAUUCUAUAAAAAUCUUAAAUGGGUUAUUGAAACUGAUAUAUCUUAAUUUACGGAUUUGACUUUUAGUUUUGAAGAAAAUGAAUUUGAUAAUUAUUAAGUUAUUGAACUUAUUUAAAAUGGUAGAAAUAUUUCAGUAACUGAAGAAAAUAAACAUGAAUAUGUUAAGCUAAUGUGCUAUACUAAGAUGGCUAGAAAUAUUAAAAUUCAAAUUGAAAAAUUCCUAGAAGGUUUCCAUGAACUUAUUCCGCAUGAAUAUAUUAAAAUUUUUGAUUCCCAUGAAUUGGAAUUAAUGAUUUCAGGACUCCCAGAAAUAGAUAUUUAAGAUCUUAAAGAAAAUAGUGAGUAUUAAAAUUAUACUCCUAAUAGUAAAAUAAUUAAAUGGUUUUGGGAAAUUCUUGAAAGCUUUGAUUAAACUGAAAGAGCAUCUUUUCUCUAAUUUGUUACAGGUACAUCAAAAGUGCCUUUAGAAGGUUUUAAAUAAUUAAGAGGGUAUUCUGGGCUUUAGAAAUUCUAAAUACAUAAAAGCUAUGAUAUUAGAAAAUUACCUGUAGCUCAUACUUGCUUUAAUUAAUUAGAUAUUCCUGAAUAUCCAUUAAAAGAAAUAUUAAAAAAAAAACUUUUACUUGCGAUUUUGGAAGGAAAAGAAGGAUUUGGAUUCGCAUGA